UUUCAAUUUUACGGCAUCAGUUCAUUCUCUUGAUGUUGCGCGGGUCAGAAGGUUGAUGUUUAGGCCAUUAGGCGUUCUCGUGUCGUAUUGUUACUUGUGAGCAAACAUAGAGAAACAUAACAUUUUUGAAAAAUUUCCCCAUUAACAUUCGGGAUGAUAAGCUUUAAAAUGCCUAUUGAAACAGCAUUUUUGUUCCUUAUCCAAUGUGUACUGCAUUUAUACACAAUCAUCACAUGGCCAAUCUAUUUUCUAGUCCAAAAACCAUGGAAAGCUAAAGCUAAUCACAACAAAUUAAAGUCAGUAGCAUUGAUGCAGGGUGAUGAUUUUGUCUUACAUCGAAGUGUAUCUCAAAUCAGUGAAGUUCAUGUCAGAUUCAUUCAAGAUAAUAUUGACACCAUGGAAAAAGUAUUCAGAUUUUCUGUUCGCCAACAUGGACAGAAAGCAGCACUUGGUACAAGGGAAAUUUUAGCUGAAGAAGAUGAGAUUCAACCCAAUGGUAGAGUUUUCAAAAAGUUUGUAUUGGGAAGCUAUCAAUGGAGAAGUUUCACACAAAUGGAAAAUGAAGCAGAAAGCUUUGGCCGUGGCCUUCGUGAAUUGGGUAUCAAUGCAAAAGAAAAUGUCGUUUUAUUUGCCGAAACGCGAGCCGAGUGGCUUAUUGCUUCGAAUGGCUGCAUGAAGCAAAAUAUGCCUCUAGUAACUUUGUACGCAACACUGGGAGAAGAUGCAUUGAUCCAUGGUAUCAAUGAAACUGAAGUUUCGUGUGUCGUUACGUCACAAGAAUUAUUACCGAAAUUCAAAAACAUUCUGCCCUGCACACCAAACGUCAUGGUUCUGGUUGUCUUUGAGGAUGCUAUAAAGCCGCUAGAUUUUUCCGGCUAUGGAGAUUUAGUAAAAAUUCUUCCUUAUCGUGAAGUUAUAAGAUUAGGGGAGAUGUCAAGUAAAACGGGGUUAUUACCAAAACCUGAGGAUACGGCCAUCGUUAUGUACACCAGUGGCUCUACAGGUCCACCAAAGGGAGUUCUGAUGAGUCAUGAAAAUGUGAUGAGCUCCAUGUUAGCAUAUACAAAUGUUGCCGAAAUUUUUGAACAUGAUGUGUAUAUGGCGUAUUUGCCACUGGCACAUGUUCUUGAACUUAUUGGGGAGAGUAUGUGUCUCUUGUACGGCAUUCCAAUUGGCUACUCCAAUCCCCUAACUAUGACCGACAAGUCAAGCAAAAUCAAACGAGGGAGCAAAGGCGAUGCUUCCGUGUUAAGGCCUACUAUAAUCGCAUGCGUUCCGCUUAUCCUCGACCGCAUUUACAAAAGCAUUCAAGAAAAAGUAGAAAAUGGUUCGACCAUGAAAAAAAUUCUCUUUAAUCUAGCAAUGCAGUACAAGCUUGACUGGUUCCAACAAGGAUAUGACACACCCAUUAUCAAUUCAUUGAUGUUUCGACCCAUUCGAGCAAUUUUAGGGGGACGUAUACGGUUCAUUCUGGCUGGAGGUGCUCCCCUGGCCCCCGAAACUCAUAGAUGUUUGAGAGCUGCCCUUUGCUGCCCUGUUCUUCAGGGAUAUGGUUUGACGGAAACGUGUUCAGCGACUACAAUGAUGGAUAUGGAUGAUCGAUCAACCGGAAUGACUGGUGGGCCGUUGACCUGCUGUGAUAUCAAAUUGGUAAAUUGGGAAGAAGGCAAUUACAGGGUGAAAGACCGACCCUAUCCACGUGGGGAGAUUCAUGUCGGUGGACCAAACGUCGCAGUUGGUUAUUACAAACAACCACAAAAAACAGCGGAAGAAUUCUACGAAGAAAACGGUAGGCAUUGGUUUCGCACGGGGGACAUUGGCGAAUUCGGACCGGAAGGAAAUUUGAAAAUCGUCGAUCGCAAAAAGGACUUAGUAAAGCUACAACUAGGCGAAUAUGUCUCCUUGGGUAAGGUUGAAUCUGAACUGAAAACCUGUCCCUUAAUAGACAAUUUAUGCGUGUACGCAGAUCCUACCAAGAUGUUUGUUGUCGCGUUAGUUAUGCCAAACCUGGAUCAUUUGAAGACAAUCGCCUUGAAAAAGCAUCCAAAUUGUAUUACAGGUGGCAUAGCGUGGGAAAAUAUUGAAGAAAUUUGCCUUAACAAUUUCGUUGAAAACUCUUUCCUCACUGAAAUUCAAAAGUAUGCUUUGAAAUGCCGUCUGCAAAAGUUUGAAAUUCCACAGGCGCUUAAGCUUGUCUCAGAAGUUUGGACGCCAGACAUGGGGCUUGUUACAGCCGCAUUUAAGCUGAAAAGAAAAAAUAUCCAAGAUCGUUAUCAGUUGUUGAUCGAUCGAAUGUAUUCGUAGGAAAUUACAACGUCGUCAUUCCCAAUCUCAUUAUCUCGGAGUCGCAUCUCUUGUAGUCAACAGUUCAAGUUCUUUUCUAAUUCGUGAUUCUUGUUUCGAAUAGGAAUUAUUAGAUAACUAGUGACGGUACUUCUGCAGUCCAGUUGAGUGAGUGGCAUGUUUGUUGAUAUAAUUAUGUAAUAUCCUAAAUUUUCAUGACCUCUACAGAUUGGAGUGCCAGGCAUAAUUCACUCUUCAAAAGUAUAAUAGGAUGAAUACUAGUAAUAUCGUAUGACAAGUUGUUUAUUUUAAUAAUCAAAAAGGGAUGAUAUACUUAUUGAAUGAAUGAUGCCUGGUUGUUAUGAUUCUUUGCUACUUACCUAAUUUAAGGCCUUUUAACAAAAUCAUAAUAACAAAAUGGAAAACAGUGUAUUCUUCAGAUCAUAGCUGAAGCUCUUCGAAUAUGGCUUGCUUUUGUUUCAUUUAAGGCAACCUCUAGUAAGUUUGUCAAAUGGAACAAAUUUGGAAUGUCAGCAACAAAGUGGUGAUGUUUUUUAGAAUAUCUAUCUUUCAGCUGCAGCUCCAUGAAAACAGUUGUGUUUUCAUAUGUCUCCAAUGUUUUAGAUGCAAGCUAAAAAUACCAUUGUUACUACACACAAAUAUACUUAAUUUUUUAAUUAUU